AUGUUAUCCCGAGUACAGAGAUCCGGCGGAAGCAGAUCCCGAACGGGAUGUCGCACCUGCCGCGCCCGCCAUGUCAAAUGCGACGAAACCCCCGGUGCCUGCAAGAAGUGCACAUCCACUGGGCGACGCUGUGACUAUGACCUCCAGCGUUUGCCGCAUAAAAGGAAGCCCGUCCAGCCCAAUCAGCUCGCCCUGCCAGAGCUCACCGACGGAUUCCAAUGGUCCAUAACUUCGGACGAGGGCCGGUGUUUCUCCCACUUCCAGUUCCACACCCUCCCCAAUCUCCUGGAACUAAGCAAUUUUGUCUUAUGGCAAAAUCUGGUCCUGCAAAUAAGUUAUACGGAGCCAGCGGUGUACCAUGCUGCAGUUUCUCUAAGUGCGGCCCAUCAGAACGCAGAGAUCUAUGGAAUUCCUUUACCUGGACAGGAUAUAAAUACAGCCUGGUAUCGAUUUGCAGUACAACAGUCGAGUUAA